AUGACCUCCAUUAGAAAAGGUGCUUUAUAUGGAACAGUUGUAACAAUUAUAUUAGCUGUAAUAUUUACUUUCUUCCAAGGUGUUGAAUAUUCAGUAUCUUCUUUCACUAUUUCUGAUAGUGUUUAUGGUUCAUGUUUCUACUUUGGUACUGGUUUCCACGGUUUACACGUUAUUAUUGGAACAGCUUUCUUAGCUGUAGGAUUAUGA